GUUCUUAGUAUGAUUUUAUUCAUUAAGGCUUACAAAAGCUGUAGGGAAAAUAAGAUACAGCUCAGUAGUUUUGAAGGAAUCAUUAAAUUACGCCAGAAUUUUCUUAAUGUGCGUUUCUCAUUCGGAAGUGAAGGUACGAAUCGUAGUCAGUUCUUCUACAAUGCUCAGAGGCUUCUGGAGAGGUCAAAUGAGGACCUUAGCGCAAGGACUGCGCCAUCUCUUGGUGAAGCCUGGGACGCACAGGGAGGGUGUUCCGCGUUUUGCGUGUACGUGCGCUGAUCUUGGGAAGGAUCGCUGUUGAUUGUCGAAUGACUUGUGUUAUCAUUAUCACCAGAAAAAGUAUAGGAAAUAUAAUUAUCGAACAGACAAAAAUAGUUUUCAGUGUGGCAAAAGUUACUAUAGACAAGUUUCGGCAAUUUUAUGGCUGUCAGAAACUACUCAUCUCACAGGGUCAGUAGCGUGAUCUGGGCAUUCGCAGUAAAUCGCUCUCAGCUUCUCACUGGCAUCCUCCUGUGGCGUGAAUCAGCAUGUUACCUCGUGUAGUACGGGAGGGAUGUGGAAAUUGUUGAGGUAGUACUGUUGUUUUAAAAGAGCAUCAGCCCGGUAACGGUAGAAGUGGCAGUGGGUGCUACAAAUACACGUUAGAUAACCCCGAGCGCGGAUUCCUGGCCGCUGCCCAUCACCAUUUGACAUUCCUGUGCAACUAGGGCAUUCCCUUCGAGUCUUCCGCCCUUCGUUUUGGCAAAAGGAUUUAUUGGGGACUCUUCGGAAAUGUACCUUUGUGACUGUACAUGAGACAGAGGAUGAGGUUUGGGGAGGAAGGUCCUUUAAUAUACCUUUAGUUCUUCGCGCUCUCCACCGGCUGAGUUUAAAACCGCUGCCCCGUUUCCCUUUUGUUCGUAACUGUUCGUGCUCAGUUUCCCUUCCCGCUUCGGUACGGCGCGAUCGGCCGCCGCCGCUCCCCGCCCGGGCCGCGGCGCUGCCGGGGAACAGUCCCUUCCCGCGCUCCACGACGCGCCCCCCAACAACCACUUACUUUAAGGACUGGCGGGCGGGGCGGGGCCGGUCGGAGGGCUCGCGGCCGCGCCACCGUGCCCCAUUGGCUGGCCGCGCCGCCCCGCGCCCUCCCGCUCCGCACACUGUUAUGUCUGUGUCGCGGUAUCGGCCCGCCGCGCAGGGCGCAUGCGUGGCGGGCGCUCAUCCAGCCGGCGGGGCCGCGGCCGGGGCUGCCGCGGGCUCCGUGUGGUGCGAGGGAGGGGAGGAGGCGGGACCGCGGCAGACAGCGGGACCAGCGAGGCGGAGGAUGUCCGCCGCCCGUCCGCCGCUCCUCUGCGCGCCCGCCGUUACCUCCACGUCUUCAUGAAUUAGUGCUGCGGGGUGGGGGCUGGGGACAGGAGCAAGCGCCCCAGCGGAACCGGCGCCCCAGGCAUGGCGGGCUCGUGCGCCGUUCAGGUGAAGCUGGAGCUGGGGCACCGAGCCCAGGUCAGGAAGAAACCCACCGUGGAAGGCUUCACCCACGACUGGAUGGUGUUUGUCAGAGGGCCCGAGCACAGCAACAUUCAGCACUUCGUGGAGAAAGUCAUCUUCCACCUGCAUGAGAGCUUCCCCAGACCGAAAAGAGUGUGCAAAGAUCCACCCUACAAAGUUGAAGAAUCUGGGUAUGCUGGUUUCAUUUUACCAAUUGAGGUUUACUUCAAAAACAAGGAAGAGCCUAAGAAAGUUCGAUUUGACUAUGACUUAUUCCUGCACCUUGAAGGCCACCCACCUGUAAAUCACCUCCGCUGUGAAAAGCUCACAUUCAACAACCCGACAGAAGAAUUCAGAAGAAAGCUGCUAAAGGCAGGAGGGGUGAUGAACUCCCACCCAGCCACUUGGUCACUCUGCUUCCUCAACAGCGCAGGAGUGAAGAUCAUGGUAAUGUCAGAUGGCACAUCGUUCUCUUCAGGACAGAGCCUCCAUGUCCCAAACCUUCCCAGCAACUCCUUGUCUUUUCCUGAAGUAAAGAAGAAAUCAUCUCAUGGGCCAAAGGACCCAACUAGGAUUCUGAACACAAGUAGCAGCAGCAGUAGUAACAGUUUUUCAAAGACCCACAAGUUAACAAAGGAGCACAAGGAAAAGACUUCUAAAGACUCAAAAGAACAUAAAAGUGCCUUCAAAGAACCUUCCAGGGAACACAACAAAUCUUCCAAAGAAUCCUCUAAGAAACCCAAAGAAAAUAAACCACUAAAAGAUGACAAAAUAGUUUCUAAGAUGGCCUUCAAGGAACCCAAACCUGUACCCAAGGAGCUGAAAUCUGAAAACAGCCCAGUCCUUACCAUAACAGGUGGGCAGCAGCAAGAAAAGAAGACCCUCACAAAAAGGCCCUCUGUUGUGGACUCUGAUGAACCUUCUGCAAAAAAAAGAAAAAAAAGUGGCCCAGAUUUGUUAUUUAAAAGUUUCUCUAGUGCCCCACCACUGAUUCUUACUUGUUCAGCUGACAAAAAACAGACAAAGGAUAGAUCUCAGCUCAAGGUGGGGAGAGUCAAAAUUGAAAGUGAUACACUGGAAAGGAAGACACCUACUCUGCCACCGUUUGAUGAUAUUGUAGAUGCCAGUGAUUCUGAUGUGGAGGAAAACAUAUCCUCCAAAUCUGAAUCUGAACAGCCCAGUCCUGCCAGUUCCAGCUCCAGUUCCAGCUCCAGUUUCACUCCAGCACAAACCAGCAAACAAGUUUCAGGUCCAUUGAGGUCUAUAAUGAAAGAUCUACAUUCAGAUGAUAAUGAGGAUGAAUCAGAUGAAGCAGAUGAGAAUGACAAUGAUUCUGAGUUUGAACGACCUGUAAAUACCCGAGGAGGAAGCAGGAGUCGAAGGGUUAGUCUGAGUGAUGGCAGUGACAGUGACAGCAGUUCAGCUUCCUCACCACUACAUCAUGAACCAACACCACCUUUACUAAAAACCAACAACAACCAGAUUUUAGAAGUGAAAAGUCCAAUAAAGCAAAACAAAUCUGAUAAACAAAUAAAGAAUGGGGAUUGUGAUAAGGCGUAUCUUGAUGAACUAGUAGAGCUCCACAGAAGAUUAAUGACUUUGAGAGAGAGACAUGUACUGCAGCAGAUAGUAAAUCUUAUAGAAGAAACUGGACACUUUCAUAUCACAAAUACAACUUUUGACUUUGAUCUUUGCUCACUGGACAGAACCACAGUCCGUAAACUACAGAGUUAUCUGGAAACAUGUGGAACCUCCUAAGGAUUCAGCAUCUUUCUGCAUCAAAACUUGUUCUUUAAGUGACACAUUCGGAAUGAUGCAACCAAAAUGGGGUGAGGGAACAAAACAACCCUCUUCAGCUUUAUUUUUACUUAAAGCCAGUGAUCAUCUUUGAUAAGGGAGAAGAAAUGUGACAAGACUCAGAGGACCACUCUUCUCAAGAAGAAAAUGCUCCAGAAGAGUUUGCCUGGAUAGCCUUGAAAAACAAACACACAAAACCAAACAAAAAUACUUGGUCUUAAUGAAUGUGUAUGGUAUCAUGUAUCUCUCUCUGUGGUGUUCCAGUCCACAAGAUGAAUGCAUGUUCAACACACUGCCUUAUUAUGUAACUGAUCUAUUUAUUACUGCAUACGUGUAUUCUAAAGUUAAUGAGUCAUUGAAUGGUACUACCAGAUGUUGCAAGUAGUGAGGUCCCAUAUGUGCUCUUUUGAUGCAAUACUAUCAGACUCAUAGUAAUCUUACUCAUGUUAAAAUGCCACUUCUUGCAAUCUUUCUCUAGUCUCUAAAAGCACUACAAUCUUGUUUCCACUUCUGUAGUUCCAGGAAACAAGAUACAAAGUUGGGGAUCAAACAGUAGUCCUAUAUUUGUUGCUUCUCUGCCACAGAGGGUUGGACCACAGUCGGUUGGACCGCACGUCCCUGGUUCUAUCCAUUUUUUGAUCUUGACCAUGGUAGGAAGUGCACCAGAUAGGAUUACAUGACUUGCUGUCUAGCCUUAGUGAAUAAACCAGUAGGACUUUUAACAAAA